AUGUCUGGAUGCCUUGUCUUUCCUCUCCUGGAUUUUCUACUUUGCUGCAUAGCUGUGCUGUGUACUGGGAUGUUUUGCACCGUCGCCGUAAGGAUGGGAGGGGCAUGUGUUCUACAUAAUGAGGAGGACUGGAAAAGGGACUUGGAAAAGGGAUACCACGAAGGAGACAUGGGCCAAGCCGGGAAGCUUUUAUUAUAUGGAGUAAUCAGAAUAAGGAUUUUUAUUAAUUGCAAACUCUUUUUUUGA